AUGAGCGAGGAUUAUUUCUCUAAGAAGGGCAAGCAGCCUGCACGCCGCGAUGCCGGCCGGCGGUCCCCUCAGGACGACACCGCCAAAUCACCCUCAGAUCACAAAUAUAUGACCGUCGGAUCCGGAGCCCAGCCACAGCACAGUACAAGGCUUAUGAAUAUGAUGGAGAAGGACUCUGGAUACGGAGGAAGUGUUCCAGAUGAGGAUCAUCCCGGCCUGACUGCCGUUGCAGGCACCCAACGCCCCCAUCGACAACAAACGGGAGCGAUCCACCAGAUGUGGUACAAUUCCCAACGAAGCAAACUUAGUCGAUCGAUCAACCUAGUACUCGAACUUCUGGAUAGCCUGCGAGAUAUUAAUGCGGCAUGGCCAGCACAUUAUCCUUCGGUCCAACGAACCGUGGCAGCCGAAGCCGAAGACAUCGACUCAUCGUUUAGACCUGGCCUCUCUAAAACCGAUUCUUUUCUUCCAGAUAACCGACGUGGUAUGAAUCCAGCAAAGCUGAGGCGAUCUUUAACGUCGGUUGAGGAUCAUCUCGCUGAAUCCAGCCGAGCCGCUGAAAAUCGAACCGCAGCCGAACCACGACUCGUUAGUCCUCAGAUCGCUCAGGAAUUCUCGAUUUUGAAGCUGGAUCUAAAGCUCGGGGCCCUCCACCAGGCGGAAUUAGUUCACUCUCUCGAGAAGAGUUCCAUUGCAUCGCUGUUGGACGGCAAGAUCAGUUCGAGCAUGAAACACCUACUCGCCCUUCGGGAACGAAUUGCCGACACAUCAAGCAAAGUCUUGAUCACUGGUGAUCUGAAUGCCGGCAAGUCAACCUUUUGCAAUGCCUUGUUGAGAAGGAAGGUUCUCCCCGAAGACCAACAACCUUGCACGGCGAUUUUCUGCGAAGUUCUUGAUGCCAGGGAGAAUGCUGGCAUCGAGGAAGUCCAUGCUGUGCACAAGGAUGCAACAUAUGAUCGGAACGAUGAGUCAACAUACGACGUGUUUUCUUUGAAAGAGUUGGAAAAUAUCGUGAUCGACAAUGAAACCUAUACCCAGUGCAAGAUUUAUGUUAGAGAUUCUCGAAGCAUCGACGAGUCCCUUCUUAACAACGGUGUAGUGGAUAUUGCGCUUAUUGAUGCUCCCGGCCUGAACUCGGACACAACAAAGACAACUGCCAUCUUCGCUCGCCAGGAGGAGAUUGACGUCGUGGUAUUUGUGCUCUCUGCUGCCAACCACUUUACCCAAUCUGCCCAAGAGUUUAUUUUGGCUGCCGCUGCUGAGAAGGCAUACAUAUUCAUUGUUGUCAAUGGGUUCGACUUUAUCCGGGAUAAGGAACGAUGCAAGAAGAUUAUUCUCAACCAAGUCGCUGGACUCAGCCCACGGACCCAUAAAGAAUCUUCCGAACUCGUUCACUUCGUCUCCAGUAAUGCUAUCCCAGCACCUGGAGGUCCUUCCGGUGGCGGUGGUGGAGAUCCUGGCGACGACGAUGACAAGGGCAAAGGAAAAGAUGCCGACAAGGUACGAGACUUCGAGGCACUGGAGCAGUCUCUGCGGAGAUUCGUGCUGGAAAAGCGAGCUCGCUCCAAACUCGCCCCCGCACGCACAUACCUUCUAAACAUCCUGAAUGACAUGAACACCUUGUCAACUGUCAAUCGUGAUGUUGCCCAAGCAGAGCUGGAGAGAGUGACAGCCGAGCUCAAGGAGCUUGAGCCCGAGCUUGAAUCCCGCAAAAAGGCCCGCUCCGAGGUCAGCGACCGAGUUGACCGAGGUAUUGAGGAAACAUGUCAAGAUGUCUACGAGCACAGCCGAGCAGAGUUGACGGCAGCCAUCAAAUUUGCAGGCAAUGCGGAGUAUGACGUUGUAUAUCCUGGAUUCCUGAGCGCCUUCCAAUACGCCGAAGAACUCAAGGACGCCAUGCUCUCCCACAUUGCCGAGUCGGUCACUCAGGUGGAGGAGUAUGCUCGUAAAGAGACUGUCAGGGGUGUGAACACGAUGAAACAGCUGGGUAUUCUCCACGUUGGUGAUGAGUUCAAGAACCUCACAUUCCGUUCAGACGUCAUGUUUCGACGUAAGAAGGAUGCUCUUGCGCGUGAUGUUCAUAUUCCUACUGAGCUAUUGGACUUUGUUGAUUGGUCUACUUUGAUGCACCAACAGGAAAAGUAUGCUGGAACAGGCAUGGCAUUGACGAUUGCCGGUGCUGUAGUGCCCCGUAUGAUCGGAAUGGGCACAUGGGUGGACCAGGCCCUCGCGGCCACUCGCCUGGUUGGUAACGAGAAUCUGCGCCAUCUCAUUAUCCCCGGCAUCAUCGUUGCUGCUUUCGCAGCAUCGGCGUACAUCGUACAGCAGAUUCCCAACUCUUUGCCUCGGCGCCUUGCCGCCAAGAUCUCCUCUCAACUGACGGAGUUGGACUAUGUUCACGCCAACUCGUCUCGUAUCACCACAUCUGUUCGACGUGUCCUCCGGGUACCAGCGGACAACCUCCGUGUCGGUCUCGAGCAGACUGUGAAGGAUCUAGACACACGCCGGGAAGACACAAUCAAGGUCAAGGGCGAAAGCGAGCGGGCAUCCGAGUUCUUCCGAUCACUGGUCAAGCGCAGUAGUGAUGAAAGACAUGUGCUUGAGGCAAUGGACUUGGAUGCACCACCACCUGGUGUGGACUAA